AUGUCGUCCGACAAGAGAAUUGCCACCGUCUUGCUCACCGCUGAGACCGGGAGAGAAGAUCCCACAGCGACUACCGAGUUCGACAAAUCCCUAGCACUCGACGGCUUCCACAAGUUCUCGAUCACCGAGACCGUAGCCCAAAGCCUCCGCUGGGUCGAAGCACCGCUAUCCGCCGCCAUGGAAUUCCCAGUCAAGCUGGCAAAAGCACCGCGCCUCGAUCCCGAGGAGUCGUCCUCCGAAGUCCACGAAGUCGCUCGCACGAUUCUCCUCGACUUCGAGCAUCCAGCUGCACAAGAGGCUGCCCAAGGCGCCAGCGCGCGCUCUCUGACUGGAGAUGUGCUGGUUGCCCGAGUCGACGGGGAAGAGCUUCUGCCGGCGCAUGUACUUGGUCUGGAGCAGUUCAUGACCGUGAUGGCCAACCAGUACCUUUGGGAUGCCGACGGGGACCAGCUUCCUUCCCCGACAGACUCCCCGCUCAAAGACAACUUCACGGGAGCGAGGUUUGCACGGGUCUUCGACUUGUUCCGGGAUCGCGAGAUGGAGGACAACUCCGAGUGGGUCACGAUACCAAACCCAGUCACCGGCGGGAUGGUCGAGCAAGAGCAAGAUGGCAAGGAUGGGAAGGACUUCGACGGGGAAGACGGUGUCGACAAAGAGGCCGAGGGCGAAGACCAAGACGAGCCCGUUACCUGCGUGCUGCUCACAGAGCCGGAUCAUCCGGGUGAUGUAACACGCGACCGCCUCCACAGGAGACUUGCGGCAGAAGGCAUCGUCGAGUGCUUCUAUGCCAGAUCCGAUCCGCAAUACCUGGACGAGUCCGCCUGGAAGCUGUCGCCCGUCUCAGUCGCAAUGGGGCUUCCUCUGCUCGUCAAAGGCGUGAAGGCCACUGACUCCUCGGAGGCCUCGGCUGCCGCCAGUCGCAAACCCCUCUCGCCGAUCAACAAGAGAGCGACCCUGCUCUUUCUCGACAUGAAUACCACCAGCUCUGCUUUUGGACGGCAUGACGUGACCGGCAGAGGCCAGGAGCUUCGUGGAGGCGUGGUGCUCAUGCGACCCGGGGGUAGACGCUUCAGAGGGACCCAUGUAAAGGCAUUGCUCAGAGCUAUCGAGCACGCCGUGGAGCGUGGUGCGGUGAAUCCGCUGCGGCGAGAUCUUUCGAAUCUGUUUACGCGUCGGCUGCUUAGGGAAACAUUCGAGGAAAUGAGGGAGGAAGAGGUCGCGGCCGGCUCGAAAGGGUGGUCGAAGACGACGAAUCCAGUGUCGGAGGAGGAAAGCUCACCGAUUCCGCUGCUGCAGCCGCAGGGCACGGGUGAUGUCGCUGAGCAGCAGGCGUUUCUGGACGUGCUGAAGCAUAUUGCUGCCGCUCCGUCGAGUAAUGCGCGGCGGGAGGCUAGAGUCUCGCGAGCAGUGAAGACGGCGGAGAAGGCAUGUAAGGAGAGAUGGACGAAUUGA